UCUCUCCAGAUUCCGCAGUGCCAGCCAGAUAACUUGAGCGUAGAACGUUGCUAGUUGGGUUUGGGAGAGCAGUGACACUUGUGUGCGGUCCGUUACGUAGAUCAGAAUGGACAUGGCCCUCUUGGAACUAGGACUGGUCGUAUUCGGAUUCAUUCUAUUCCUUGUCCUUUGGCUCAUGCAUUUCAUGUCCAUCAUCUACGUCCGGCUUCAUCUGAACAGGAAAACGACGGACAAGCCGUCGUACAGCAAGCUGGUGGGCGUGUCCCUGCUGAAGCCCCUGAAAGGGGUGGACCCGAACCUCAUCAGCAACCUGGAGACCUUCUUUGAGCUGGACUACCCCAAGUAUGAAAUCCUCCUCUGUGUCCAAGACCACGACGAUCCUGCUGUUGACGUCUGUAAAAAAUUACUUGGAAAAUAUCCCGACGUGGAUGCCAGACUGUUUAUCGGAGGAAGGAAAGUUGGCAUCAAUCCCAAAAUAAACAACCUGAUGCCGGGAUACGAAGGGGCGAAGUAUGACCUGGUGUGGGUGUGCGACAGCGGCAUUCGCGUUAAACCAGACACCCUCACUGAUAUGACCAAUCAGAUGACGGAGAAGGUGGGGCUUGUGCAUGGCCUCCCGUACGUGGCGGACAGGCAAGGCUUCGCUGCGACGUUAGAACAGGUGUACUUCGGGACGUCUCACCCCCGCUCCUACAUCUCGGCCAACGUGACCGGGUUCAAGUGUGUGACGGGCAUGUCCUGCCUGAUGAGGAAGGACGUGCUGGACCAGGCCGGCGGGCUCAUCGCCUUUGCCCAGUACAUCGCCGAAGAUUACUUCAUGGCCAAGGCCAUCGCCGACAGGGGGUGGAAAUUCUCCAUGGCAACGCAGGUCGCUAUGCAAAAUUCGGGAUCGUACUCGAUCGCUCAGUUCCAGUCCCGCAUGAUCAGGUGGGCGAAGUUGCGCAUUAACAUGCUCCCGGGCACGGUGUGCGAGCCCGUGUCCGAGUGCUUCCUGGCGAGCCUGAUCAUCGGCUGGGCCGCGCACUGCUUCUUCCAGUGGAACGUCCUGGUCUUCUUCCUGUGCCACUGCCUGGCCUGGUUCAUCUGCGACUACAUCCAGCUGCGAGGCGUCCAGGGUGGACCCCCGCCCUUCUCCAAGCUGGACUACGCCGUGGCCUGGUUCAUCAGGGAGUCCAUGAGCCUCCGCAUUUUCCUGUCCGCACUGUGGGAUCCCACCAUCAGCUGGAGGACAGGCCGCUACCGACUGCGCUGUGGCGGCACGGCCGAGGAGAUCCUGGACGUAUGACCCCUGGGGGCCAAAGACUUCACACAGAGAGCCUGGACGUAUGACCCCUGGGGGCCUAAGACUUCACACAGAGAGCCUGGACAUAUGACCCCUGGGGGCCAAAGACUUCACACAGAGAUCCUGGACGUAUGACCCCUGGGGGCCAAAGACUUCACACAGAGAGCCUGGACGUAUGACCCCUGGGGGCCAAAGACUUCACACAGAGAGCCUGGACGUAUGACCCCUGGGGGCCAAAGACUUCACACAGAGAGGAAACCCGUAUGACCCCUAGGGGCCAAAGACUUCACACAGAGAGGAAACCAUGGAAAUGGAAAAUGAGCUGGAGCAUCGAGUGACAGUGCGUUCGGAGAGAAAAGGCGUGACAGUUCCAACCGGUUUCAGGAAGAAAAAUUCAACCUCAGUCUCGAACUUGAAUCAAUGCAAAGCAAGGUUCUUGUUUUUUAUUAUUUUAUUAUUUUCUUUUUUAAAGAACUGCACUCCUUUUUCCCAGAAGAUGCCUCAGCUCCUCCUUCCUCCGUGCCCAGUUAUUGUCAUGAGGAAGGAGGAGUGGAGAAAUGUGUGAGAACGUGAGAGGUAAUAUCUGAUUUCGGUUUUAAAAAAAAUAAAAAUUGGGAGCCAUCCUGAAGAUGGCCAAAGUGUAUGUAACUUAUACCACAGAACUGCAGGUAACAGUGUGUGGAGUGGGCAUGUGGCCAUUCACUGCACUGCAUUUUAUAUGCAGUUAAUCAGAUAACUUGCCUAUUAUGCUAUCUGCAUGUUGUUUUGGCCUAUGUAUUAAAAAUGAAACAUUUGAUGAUGUUUACGAUCACACAAGACUCACAUAUUUAUAGUUAUAUCUAGUUCUGUUAUAUUGCUAUUUGAAUGCAGUGUAAUUAUACUCUCCUGAACAUGGUGUUGCCUUGACUACCAAAAUUAAAUGAGCAGAUCUGGUAGGGCCCCCUAGUAUUGGUGAGAUAAUUUAAGGUGUUAAUUCUCGUUAAGCUUGUUGUGACGGCACGUGUUGGGCAGUCGUUUCUCAAGCUUCAGGAGUUACAGUUUCCCUCCUGAAGUGCUCCAGUUUUUGUCAGUGUCCGUCUGGGUGAAUUUUGUAGUUAUCUUCAAGCUCCAGAUUUAACAAGGCUGCAGUAUUGUAAGACUUUCCUAUAGUAUUAAAAAGAUAUUUUUUUAUUUUGCACCAAUAUCCCACUUGAGCAAUUUGCUACUUACUUUGAUGCGUUUAAGUUUAAGGUAUAUUCAUAGACUAGCAUAGUUAUAUAGGCAACAGCACAAAAUGAUGCCCCUCUCUCGUGUGGUUCAGUUCCUGCUGCAGAGGGUGGAGGUUUCAUUUUGGGGUUAUGCCACUGUGUCCAGAGUUAUGUAGACGACCAUUUGACUUAUACAUCUGACUGUCUUUCGGGUUGCGCAAAUACUAGUAAAACAAGAAAACGCCCUGUUUGGAUGACCCGUGAGAGCGAAUCAGUUCAAAUAAAAACCCAUAAGCCCAUGUUGAUUUUUAUUACCUGAAUCUGGCACAGCAGCAUUUAUACGCUGUGGUGUGUACAAAAUAAUUCACCACUGGCUCAGGCAUUAAUAGAAACAUAAUUGAGCCGCAUUAAUAUGAUUUUUCAAGGUUAAUUUUUCAUGGCCUCAGGAACCCCGAUUUGAUAUCUUUUGAAAUGUAAGCCAGUUACAACAUUCUCUUCUCUACUGUGGUUUCACCUUCCCUGGGAAUUUCAAUUUACGAAUUUGCCUUCAAAUCAUUUUUAGUUCCAUGUUCUAACAUGGAAAGCAACAUUAUAAAAAUAAAACUCCUGGCUUGCAAUGGAAAGGUAUUAUUAAAGAUUUUCCCAAAUUAGUGCCACAGGAGCACUUGAAUGUUUUAAUGAAAGGUUUGAAUAAUUUUCUCCAAUAGUUUUGCAAAGAAAGUGGACCCGAACAAGGUUGCGCAUCCCAAAAAACAAAACUGGAUGAUCAUUUCAGCAAAACAUAUUUUUCUUUGAGAGUAUUUAUUGUAUCGCUCGGUUAACCACAAUGUAAGUGUUACAGAAUCCAGUCCUAUGAAUGCCAAAGGUAUUGUGGUUCUCAUUGGACGGCAGAGUGUUUCUGAUCUUUUUCAAUGUUCAACAGUGUUUUUAAACAACGCUGAUUUCUCAACGAUGUUUGGAUGGAACAUGGGAACAGUUUUUUAUGAUUGCUCUUCUCUCUUUUUAAUUGCUGCCAGGAAUUUCUGAGAGGGGACUCUUAUUUUGAAGUGCUACAGUCCUGUGUGCGUCAUGGCCAACUCCUGCACUGUACUGCUUGCUAGCAAGCCGCCAAACCGCUAAUAUAAAUGUUGUUCUGACCGCGUCUGACAUGUCGUCUCCCUUUCGCUUGCCUGACACUAGCCCUGUAGUCCUGUCAACACAAGCUGUUUAAUGCUCACAGAAGUUCAUGGCCUUGCAGCUUCUGUGUUUCAUUUAGAAUCUUGCAUCAAACGAUCCAUGUCAGGCUAUAUUGUGUGGAAUAAUUUAACAAUACAAAACUUAUGUGUGAUAAAUAUGUCAGGCUAGCUGCCCCGUUUGGACCAGUAAACCUGCACCCCUGACCCCCCCUUGGGUUUCGUUAUGUUUCCAGAGAAAAGCGCUCCUCUUUGUGGGUUCUGGCUGCUGCAGUCGAGCCGAAUUCGACGGUCAAAUCGCCUUUAAGCUCAGAUUCUGGUCUUCCUGAGAGUAUCCAGGAGCACAGCGACAGGUGACUGGAGACGCAGAGCUGAAGGUCAAGUGGGGAGAGAGGGAACAGAAAACAGAGGAGGAACAGGAACAAGGAGCUUUGCCAUAGAGAGCACAGGUGUGAACCACCACUGUAUUUGUGGAACAAAAAAUGAAACAUUUCUGCAUUUUGCUUUGGUUCUUGUAACUUGCAGUACCUUUAACCUUUUUGAAAGUUAUUUUCCUAAAAAAAGGAAAAAGCAGUUUGCUUCAGUAAGAAUUACAAACGAACGUUGGGCUGCAUGUGAAUAACUCGUGAGCAGCACCGUUACCAGUCCACGCUGCUGUAUCGCAGGGUGGGUGGGGGGCAUACGGUUCUUUUUUCCCAGCUGUAGGGGCAGUUUUUUGACGGCCAAACCCAGACCUUCAGCCUUCCUUGCCAGUCGCUGUCUCGCUUCGCAAAUAUUUUGUUAGAAGGCUUGUUGAGAGGGUGUCUAAAACGCACUGUUAAUUUAAUUUAAAAGACCUGUGUUUUUACGUAGGAAUGUAUUGUAUGUGUGGAUAUAUGUGUUUCUGUAUGUGUACGCAUCUGGGCAUAAAUGUGCCAUGGGGUUUUCCCAUACACCCUGUAAUUACUGCCUUAUUUAUCAUCACAAUACAACACGAUUGUGUGUUUGCUCUGUCCAGUGGAGAGAGAGGUCAUUGUUUGUGUUGUUUUUAGUGUUUAUCGAUGUUGCGGUAGGCUGAUGUGGAUUAGACCCUGUGUAGACCUGCACACCUGUGCUCUUGUACACAGGCUCACCUGUGGGCCUGCAGGUCUUUACAACCCCAGUGUUUACCUUUCCUCAGCCUGAGAGAGAGGACCGUCAGAUCAGCACGUCUUACUGAUGCCCCAGGGCCUGAAUUUAGCACCUGCUUUAUCCCGAAUACUGAAGAGAGAAGCACACAUUCCCCUUCCAACAAUUAUUACAGUAUGCACUGAAGUUUCUGAAGCUGACUUCAAAUUAUGACAUCUAAAAAUAAAAACACAGGCAAAACAGACUGGCUUCAACACGCUAUUCGCUGUUAAGGAAAAAGAGCAAACUAGUAGGGCCUGCAUGUAGCCUGUCCUGUACCUGGGUUUUGGGUUCGCUCCUGCAGUGGGUCUACAUGCAGGUAGUAUGUCAGCUCUCCUUAACAGCUUCUCCCAGCUCCUGUUUUCCUUUGACUGUCUUUAAUUGUUCAGUACAUUUCAUUUACCCCAGUCUGGAUUUAUGAUGUAUGUACUUGAAAUAUCACUGUUAGACCAUUGUUUGAGGGUGUCGUAUAUUUCUGGAUGUUCUCGUGAACCACAGUGUUAUUGCUGAAAUCACUAUGAGGUGCCAUCUGAAAAAUAUGAUCUUAUGGCCCCAGAUGGGGAAAACGGGUGAGCUAUGUGCCACUCAGUGUUUUCUGUGAAUGUUUUCUAUGAAUCUUUUCUGCAGUAUGUUGUAUAGUUGCUGGUUGUUUUUUUAUCACAUGUACAGUAUAUUUAUGAAGUUUGGUUGAUGUCAUUGUAGACACUGCUGAGCAAAGCCUAAUUUAUUUUCUAAAUGGAGGUAUUUGCUUAUGAUGCUGUUAGCGGUGUUAAAACAAGGAUGGACAAACUUUUAACUGUUCAGUCAUCCAUUUUGAUUAUUUGUUGUCUAUUAUGUAUUGUACUCUGAUGCUAAAAAUGUCAUUUGCAGCUGAAAACUGGCAUUACAGAAAAAAGCUUUGUUAAAAGCAUUUGUCAAGUCCUGGUUCUUCCUUUAUUAUUAUUAUUAUUAUUAUUAUUUUAUUAUUAUUAUUAUUAUUGUAGUAGUAGUAGUUUAUUUAGUAUAUAUUUUUCAUAUUAUAUUUCAACUCAAACUUGUAUAUUUCCUUUUUUUCUUGAUUCCACUGACCAUUGCAUUUAAUCCCAUGUCCUUUUGUUUGUUUCCUGUAUUCAGGCAGGUAGGGGAUGCAGUUAAAAUAUGCAAUUAUCCCUUAUCAAAAACAUGCGCAUAUAUUAUGGCACAAAAACCCCAAGUUAAGUCCACAUUCUGAGAAAGAUUUAAGAUAUCAUAUACUGGUCUUGCAGAUAAAGAACAGUCUUUUAAAAGUCUCUUUCAGGACACGCUUUUUAAAGAGUCAUCAGGAAGUAAAACCUUUGCCCUGGAAUCUCUGUGUGGAGAAUGUGGAGACUGGUAUCACUUCCUCUCCUGAAACCACUCCAGUGCACCCGUCACACCUGUCCUGGUUACCAUUUCUUUUCUGAAUUUUGAGUACACUGGGAGACAGAAAUAAGCACUCUGCAAGACUUUCUUUGCUAUAAACAAUUUAAAGGUAAGGGAGCCAAAUGUAAUUUGACAGAGGGGACCUGGCGGCUUGUGUUGGCUGAUUCAACAGCUCCAGAUAUCCUUGAGCUGCUCAUAGUAGAGCUGGAUGUGCCCAAUUAGGGUUUAAAUGAAAACCAAGAUGGUGGAUCUCCAGAAACAUGGUUGGCCAGCCCUGCUUUAAACCUUUACAUUUCCAUCCAAAUUAGUUAAAAUAUAAAUGUUCUGACUUGAGUACAUGUUUAUGUCAUACAGAGUCAUGCUAAGUUUUAAGUAUAAUUAUUGUAUUGUUCAUAGUCUAGCAUUGACUUUCAAUAAAAUAUGAUUCAAUAA